UGCGACAGUGCUGCCAUCUUUCCACAAACAGUGCUGCCGGACCCUGCAAAGUAUAUAUUUUUACAAAAUGGUGGCUUCUUCGCGGAGAAAUUCGUAGUGGCGAUUAUUAACAAAAGGCACGCAAUUUGGCCAGCGAAUUAUAGCAAAUUGUUGGCGAAAACACUCGCAACGACGCUGGCUGCGUCGUUUGGAUGGAAAACUCGCGGAAAAGCAACCAAAAAACGCGCACGAACCCAGUGAAAAUAACUGAAAGCGAAGGCAGGCAAUAAAAAACGCAAGCAAGCAACCAAAGUGCGUGCCUGUGUGUGUGUGUCUGUGUGCCGUGAGUGUGCGUGUGUGUGUCUGUACGUGAGUGUGUCUCUCUGUUAGUGUGUGUGUGCGCAAAGUGUAUGCAAAAAAGAAGAAGAGAAACGGAGAGGAGCAUUAAAAAAAGCGUACGACGAGUUUCACGCGCCCAACAACAAAAACACCAUAAGCAACAGCAACAAAAACAACAACACUUAGCAGCGACAGCAAUAACAAAAACAUCAAAAGCAGCAGCAAAAACUUGCGCAGCGUGCAAAUCAUUUAAAUUUAUGCGACGUCUUUCGGGUAAAAAAACUGUGUUUGUGCAAAUUAACCAAAAUAUACAUUUCCGGCUACUCGCUGCCCCCUCGCUGAGCAACAACUACAACAAUACCAGGAACAACAGGAGCAGAGCAGCAAUAACCGAGACCGCCCACCCCUUCGCUUCCAUCGACCCAGCACAUCAUCAUCAUCAUCAUCAACAACUGGAGUCUGGAAUCUGGAGACGGAGACCGGCGACCGGAGUUACUUUGCCGCCUGCUGCUGGAGAGAGGAGCUUCUUCGGGAGGAACGCCUCGACGAUAUACAACCCCGACCCGGAUUCAUGUUGAAUUUUCAUAUCGUAGAGGGCAUAAAAAGGCUUAACACUGGACCGGAAGCGUGUUUUUAAAGGGUGAUGGCGGCCUCCACUCAAGGAGAAAUUCGAGUGGGUCCCGGCCACCAGGUAAACGAUGUCUAUGCAAAACUGCCCGAUUAUAAUCCAAUCUCAAGCUUCCCCAUCGACAAGGAAACCGAUGAACGUGAACUAGAGGAAUCAAGAUGGAGUCCAGGCGUUGUGGCCGAUGGCGACUUGUUAAUGUUUCUGCGUGCGGCUCGCUCCAUGGCUGCAUUUCAAGGAAUGUGUGAUGGCGGACUAGAAGACGGUUGUUUGGCUGCCAGUCGCGACGACACCACAAUAAACGCACUCGACGUGCUUCACGAUUCUGGCUACGAUCCAGGCAAAGCUCUACAAGCGCUCGUAAAGUGCCCCGUAUCGAAGGGCAUCGACAAGAAGUGGACCGAGGACGAAACAAAGAAGUUUAUCAAGGGACUGCGUCAGUUCGGCAAGAACUUCUUUCGCAUCCAUAAGGACCUGCUGCCGCACAAGGACACGCCGGAGCUGGUCGAAUUCUACUAUCUGUGGAAAAAGACGCCCGGCGCGAACAACAACCGGCCGCACAGGCGGCGCCGCCAGAGCGCCCUGCGCCGCAACCGUGUCACACGGGCGAACAACAGCAGCAGCAACACACCUCCCAAGAAGGAGGACACACCAGAACCACAAACUGCGACGACGGCGACGGCGGCGGCAACCGCGGCGUCCGAGACGGCGAGUCGCUCCUCGCCCGCUGUCUCCAAGGAGGAGAACAGCUCGCUCACCGAGGACGACGCCAGCGAGUGCGACAGUGAUUCGAGUCUGACCCACAAAAGGGAUGAAUCACCCUCAAGGAUGAGGACGCGAAACAAGCAACAGAACAACAACAGCAGCACCACCAGCAGCAGCAGCAACAACGCGGCCGGAAACGGUGGCGGCAACGCCACCUCCAUAAGCAGCGGUUCAACGAGCGGCGGUGCCGCUGGCGGCAACAGCUCGUCCAAGGAUCAGUCAGCCAACGCCGUGGCUAAUGGCAAGCGGCCCAAGCGGGGCUCCGAAACACCGGACGUUGCCGGCGGAGCCUCGGUCGAUAGUCCCAAGACGCCGACGAAGGCCGUUGCCGAGAGUUCGGCCAACAAGCGCAAGGGCGGCAAGCAGGAUACGCCCAACAAGAAGAAGCGGACGGAGCAGGAGGCCUGCGAGCCGAGUGCCCAGGAGGAGAGUGCCGUCAAGGAGAAGCGCAAGCGGCCGGACAGUCCGGUGGAGAGCAUGAACUCGGACAGCCGACCGGACUCGGUGCUCGACGAUGGCGAGUCCAAUACCACGGACACCACCACCGCCGAGCAGCAGUCCACCAAGGACAGCAAGGAGGCGGUCAGCUGCAAGGAGGAGCGCGACAUGGUCUCCAAUGACCUGGAUGCCAAGGCCGAGGAGAAGGCCAUCAAAGCAGAAGCUCUGGCAGAGGACAGCAAGGAUAGCGCCAUCAAGAACAUGGACGAGGAGACGAACAUCCAGGCGCCAAUCGGCGUGGAGACGAGCUCGGCGGAGGUAGCCAAUGCCAAUGCGGUGGCCAAUCCCGUGGCGCCGCCUAUCACCAUGAAGGUGCCCACAAUUGCCACUGUGGAGGCACUGAAUGCCUCCGUGGAGCGCAAGGAGGCCAUCGAGAAGAUGGAGUCGUGCGAUAGCGAUCCGGAGAUGCUCAAGAAGCUGGCCACCAUCAAGCAGGAGGCUUCUCCGCAGCAGCAGCAGCAGCAGCAGCAACACAUGCAGCAGCAAUCGCAGCUGCAGUUGCAGCAGCAACUGGUUCCAGUUGGCAUCCAACCGCCGCCCGUGUGUGCGCCCGCUGAGGCGGUGUACAUCAAGAAGGAGCCCAUGGAGGACUCGAUGGACGCCACCUGCAAUCAGAACAGCAACGAGCCGCAGGACCUGAAGGUCAAGAUUGAGAUCAAAAACGAGGACGCUCUCAAGCACAGUGUGGGAGGACUGCCGCCCUCUGGUCCCGGUGGACCACCUUCAGCCCUGCAUCCGCUGUCCGGAGCUCCUGUAGAGAGUGGUCAGCCGGAACCGCUGCACCUGCAGCACAUGCCCCAUGGACCGGUGCCCACGCAACCGCCACCCGGCUACCUAAUCGAUGGCCAGCUGAAGUACGGACCGCCGGGACAAGGAGUGCCGCCACAGCCACCACAACUGCACAGCGAUGCGGUGGCAGGAGGCAACGGAGCACCGCCUGGAGCGCCGACCACGCCGCAAAAGUAUCCGCCCGAGAUGGAGAUGAAGUUCGCUCCCCAGGAUCUCAAGUACCCGCCGCCGCCGCCCCUGGACGCACUCAAGUACAGCCAGGAGAUGCAGGCUGCGGCGGCUGCAGCGGCUGCUGCCGGCAAAUACGACAUGAAGUACAUGAUGGAGCAGCAGGGCAAGUAUCCCGUAGAGCUGUCCGCUGCCCAUCAGCCGCCAGGAAAGCCGGGCUACCAGGAUUCGCUAAAGAUUCCCGAUGUCAAGCCCGCUUUUGGCCACCUGCCGCACAACGUGGGCUCGCCUCUGGAUGUGGCCCAUAAGUACGGACCGCCGCCCACGUCGCAAGAGUCCCAGCAGCAGCAGCAGUCCCAGCCGCCGGCGCACCAGUUGCCGCCGGGAGCCACGCCGCCGCCUGGCAUCGCCAUGCCCAAGCCGCACUACCAGCACGACGUGCAGACGCCACCGCUGGGGCGUCCGUUCGAGCCAUCCGGCCUUAUGCUCAAGUAUGGCGAUCCACUGACGGCCAAGUACGGCCCGCCUCAGGAUCUGAAGUAUCCGAUGCCCCCGGUCUCCUCCCAGGCGGGACCCGCGGAUGUGAAGCCCUAUGGCGGGGAGAAUCUGAUCAAGUCCUCGCCAUAUGGACCGCCGCCGGAGAGCCCAAUUGACGCCUCGGCGCGCUCGACGCCUGGUCAGGAUAGCCAGGGCAGCAAUAGCAAUUCGCAGCCGCCGUCGAUGCCGCCGCAGCCGCAGCAGUUUCAGUCGCCGCAUCCUUCGCCGCACAUGCCUUCGCCAGCCGGAGGUGGCCUACCACCGGGAAUGCAUCCGCAAAAUCUCAUCCAUGGCCCGCCACCAGGUGCAGUGGGUGGUGGUGGUGGCGGUAGUGGUGGUGGUCCCCAGCCGCCUCCGCCGCCCACGUCGCUGCACCAGCCCGCGCCCACGGCUCCAGGUCCGCCCAGUCUGCAGCACGGAUUGCAUCCUGGUCACCCGCAGCACUCGCAGCUGUCGGUGGCCUCGUCGCUGCCGCCGAGCUCGAUUGGAAUUCCACCCACGCUCUCGACAAUGGCGCCAACGCACAUGCACCCGCACCUUCACCCACAUGCGCAUCUGCAGGGUCUGCAUCGGCCGCACGACUUGCCGCCCAGCAUGCAUCCGCAUGCGCCCAUGCCGCUAUCACUGCAGGGACAUCCGCAACACGGUCACGGAUUGCCGCCCUCGCACGUCCCCCAGCAGCAGCAGCAGCAGCAACAACAGCCGCCAGGCGGACCAGCCGGCACGGUGCGAACUCCAUCUCCUGCCCAGCAGCCGCCGAGAUCCCUGCACGAUCCGCAAUCGUCUCGAGAGCCGCCCAGUUCGCAGCCCUCGACCACGAUGGCGGGUUCGGGUAGUGGUCCCGGUGGACCCGGUGGACCGCCGCCGCAACAGUCGCCGCACGCUCAUCGCACAUCGCCGCUGCCCGGUCUGUCGGGCAGUGGACCGCCGCCGCCGGGACUCAUCGGGCACCCGAUGGCCAUACACCCGCACCUGGCACACCUGCCGCCCGGCCAUCCGGCCCACGCAGCGUUGGCCCAUCCGGGACACCAUCUGCUGUCGCACUCGAUAGCGGGCCUGGGACCUGGCGGCGGACCCAUCGCCUUGUUGGCCGGACCCGGCGGACUGGGAGGAAUCCCAGAGUCCGCUCUAAGUCGCCGCACCCCGCCCUCACACCUGCCACACUCGCACGCCUCCUCGGCCCCGCUGACGCCGCACUCGGUGGCCAGCAUGACGUCCACCAGUAUGUCGCUGACCACCAGCACGGUGCCCUCGUCCGCCUUUAGCCGCGCCAGUCCCAGCGUGCAGAUCUCGAGCGGUGGUGGCGGCGGCGGCGGUGGUCCUUCUGGACCCGGAAGCGUUGGGCCCGGAGGAUUGCCCAACUCAUCGGCAGCGGCGGCGGCAGCUGCUGCAGCGGCUGCCCAUCGAGCGGCCUCGCCGGCGUCCAGCGUGAGCAGCCUGAGUCGCCAGAGCCCGCUGCAUCCGGUGCCGCAGUCUCCGCUCAGCCAUCAUCCCUCGUCGUCGGCCUUGUCCGCCGCGGCAGCCGCUGUGGCGGAACGGGAUCGGCAUGCGCUGAUGCGACAGCAAUCGCCGCACAUGACGCCGCCACCGGUGUCCAAUGCCUCGUUGAUGGCUAGUCCGCUGAGCAAAAUGUAUGCUCCUCAGCCGGGUCAGAGGGGUCUGGGGACCUCUCCGCCACCGCAUUUGCGUCCGGGAGCCUCGCCGCCGGUCAUCCGGCAUCCGCAGAUGCCCCUGCCGCUGCCACUGAUUGCGCCUGGCGGAGGAAUACCACAGAUCGGAGUGCAUCCGGGACAGUCACCCUACCCGCAUCCGCUGCUGCAUCCCUCGGUCUUCUACUCGCCGCACCAUCACCCGUUCAACUCGCCCUACGGCUAUGCGCCCUAUGGUCCUGGAUUCCCGGCCUACAUGAAGCCACCGCCGCAGCCAGGUCAGCUGGAUCCGGCCGCCGUGAUGGCCGCCCACCACGCUGGUCUGCAGGGACCGCCGCCCCAGCAGAUGCGCCAGGAUGAGCAGAAUGCAGCGGCCGCUGCGGCAGCAGCAGCUGCCGAGAAGCAGCAUCAAGCCGCCGCAGCAGCAGCAGCUCAGCAGCACAAGGCGCCGCAGCAACAACAGCAGGGUGGAAUGCCACCCAAUAAGCCGCCGACGCCAAAGACGCCGCAGGGUCCUGGUGGUGGAAUGCCACCGGGGAUGGGCGGACCGGGAACACCGACGGGCCUGCCGCCAGGUGCCUAUCCGGGUAGUCACAUGCCGGGAUAUCCGCAGGGACCGCCUCACGGAUCACCCUUUGCGCCGCAAGAUGGUCAGCCGCACGGCCUGAAGCCCACUUCGCACAUGGAUGCCCUGCGAGCGCAUGCACACUCGGCCAACUCGGCGGGCAUGGGCGGAGGACAUCAUCCAACGGAGCCAUUGCCCAUCGAUAUUGAGCCGGAUCCGGAGCCAGAAAUCCCUAGUCCCACGCACAACAUACCACGUGGUCCCAGUCCCGAGGCCAAACCGGACGACACCGAGUGCCAUCGCUCUCAGUCUGCCAUAUUUGUGCGCCACAUCGAUCGCGGGGAUUACAAUUCGUGCACAAGAACGGAUUUGAUCUUCAAGCCGGUGGCCGACUCGAAGUUGGCACGCAAGCGUGAGGAGCGCGACCGUAAGCUGGCCGAGAAGGAGCGUGAGCGGCGUCAGCAGCAGCAACAACAGCAGCAGCAACAGCAACAACAGCAGGCGGCAGCCGCUCAGCAGGCGGCGCAGCAGGCCAAGAUGAAGGCGGAGCUGAAGCCACCGUAUGCGGACACGCCUGCCCUGCGUCAACUAUCCGAGUACGCUCGUCCCCACGUCGCCUUCAGUCCUGUUGAGCAGAUGGUGCCAUAUCAUCAUCCAAUGGGCCCCAUGUACAGAGAGAGGGAACUGGAGGAGAUCAAGAACGCACAAGCUGCUGCGGCGAGCCAAUCCAGGCUAGAUCCGCACUGGAUGGAGUACUAUCGACGAUCCAUUUCCUCCAACAAUCCCUACAGCGGCAUUCACCCCUCGCAGUUUCCCCUGUACGCGAAUCCGGCGAUAUCGCAGAUGGAGAGGGAGCGUCUGGGAAUUCCACCGCCGCACCAUGUGGGGUUGGACCCGGGCGAGCACAUGGUGCGUAUGAUACGAUUGACGAGAGAAUAUCAUGCACACUCUCAUACUCAUUUACAUUUGCCUUUGCAUCCACAGCCGCAACCACCGGAGGCCGGUUUCCAACUGCCACCGAAUGUUGGCCAGUAUCCGCGGCCAAAUAUGCUUAUACCUAGGGAGCCGCAUUCGGAUGUCCUGCUGCGCAUGUCCUAUGCCGACCAACUACAGUAUUUACAGGCCGCCGAGUUCCAGCGACAGUCCCUGCAUGAUCAGUACUUUAGACAACGGCCCAGAUAAGUGGACAGACAGCAAUUGUAGAGAGCAAGCAACUGAACAAAGACAAUACUCGGGCCGCGGCCGUGAGGAACUGCUUUGUGUGAUUUUUGUGUUCAAGCGUUUACAUUUUGUUUUCCGCACAUACAAUCCCCAUAUACUCACCACAAAAACCAUCAACAUCAUCAGCAGAGACGACGUCAGCGUAUGGCUCAAAAAUCCAGAAACCAGAAAACCAGAAAACCAAGCGACUCUAAGUUGCGCAACGCCUUGUCACGUUUUUAUGUAAAAAGAAUCAGCUGCGUUAAUCGGGAGUGGAUCGUGGAUCGUUCCAGCUGCAUACACCACACUUCACACCAGACACUUACUGACCAAGGCAUCCAGAAUCAAAAAGCAGAAACCAACUACAAAACUAAACUAAACAAAACAGGACACGAUGGUCGCAAUAUCUUAAGUAUCCUCUUCAUAGUGUAUAGUGUUAAAUUCUUAAACCUAAGCGAGGCGAAGGAGCAUGUUAAAUACGGUCUAGACUUAUUAAGACAAUGGAACAAAAACGAACUUGGCACACAAAUUUUUAUUGAGGUCUUCAAACUGCUUAUAGAUAUGAAUGUGCUGCACUUCGACGUGGAGAAAAGAACUAACUAUUAAGCUAUACAAACCAAUUGAUUUAGACACGAUGAUAAGUAAGCAAAACCAAAACACAAACUCAAACGCACUUGCUGCAGGAGGCAAGGUACAUAAAUUAGUAUAGUGAAACGAUUUCGGAUAGCAAGGAUGAAGCGGAUAGUUCAUACAUAUUCGAGUGUACUGUACAAAUAGAUUCGGAGAUAGAUUUUCUUUUUAUAAAACAUUUUGACACUCUACCCAAUAGAUACGCCUAACGCCUAAUAUUAUUUAAAUGUACUUCCAGCCACAAUUGAACUAUUUAAUGUACGAUUCAUAUAAGCUUGCUGCUUUCGACUUUUUAGCUAAAAUAAAAUGGAAAACGAAUCACGCCAAUGCCUAGAUUUCGCUUUUUGUAGUCCCCGUUUGUGUUAGUCCAGCAAGCAGCUUUGCCUACCAACUAGCCUGCUAUUCAUUAUUUAUUAUUUUGCUAUGACUAGAGUAUUAUAGGGGCGCGGGAGAUGGAAGUUUGUAAAAAGUGCAUAAUAAUAAAGAAAUAAAUAUAUGGGUAUUAUGUAAAUGAUUUGAUAAUGCUGCUCUCAAACCCAAAAGCACAGCACUGCGAUCAUAAGUGUGUCAUGCAAGCAUUUGAAGCAGCUGUAAUUUCGAGUGCUUAAUUUAAAUUAGUAAUUUAUACAAUUUAUUAUACGCAAAACCAUGCAUUAAAUUCAUACAAUUUGUAACAAGAUUUAAAUGUUAGGGCCAACGAACCACGAAAGUGGAUUGAUGGAAUGGCAAAAAAAAUGCGUUAAUUAAACUAAACAAAACGAGAAAAACAAAGGAAACAUAUUUUUAAAUACAGUUUUUUAUUUCACAUUUUGAAUAUACACAUUGAUAUAAAUAUAUUGUAGCUAUAUAUAUACUAAUUAUGAAAGUUUAUCGUAGGAGUCUUGCAAGCAUAUUCAGUGGCACACAAACGACAAGAAAAAACAAAACAAAAACAAACCAGAUUUUGCGUAGUUAACAUUUAAGAACUGUAAAGUGAAGAUCCAUACAUAUUUAUAUAUAUACAAAAAAAAAAAAAAAAACAACAAACAAAUGCAGCUAUAUUAUUGCAGCUAUAUUACUAAAUAAAUUAUAAAACAAAAAAAAUCAUACACAAAAGAUAAAUUAUUGAAACCUGUAAAAACUAAGUAAAACAAAAUAAAAUUAGUUACAUUAGUUACCAAA